AUGAAUGUAUCGUUUUCCAGAGUAUAUGGGUGCAUCGCCACUUUGACCGUCGCUCUCGUGCACGUUGCCCUUGGCCAGCUCACGUCGACUGACUAUGCCGAGUACAACGCCGGCAAGUUAGGACACCGGCCGUUCCAGCAGUUCCACUCCAUCGACCAGUUUGCUCCAGUGCUGCAGGUGACUACAUGGAACAAGGCGGCGGUGUCGCAGACCGGAUCGCACAUCUUCAUGCGCCAUGAUGGCCACGAUGGAUCACAGCUCUCGUCGCCGCUCAUCAUCGACGCCCACGAUUUAAGCACCGUGUUUGUCAACCGCAGCUUCGCAAACGUCUUUGGGACGCGCAUCCAGCAGAACUUUGGCCGGAAUUACCUUACCUUUUGGGAGGGGCAGAACAAUGGCGGCUUUGGCAAUGGGUUUGGGCUUGCCUACGACGACAGCUACCGCCUAGCCUACAAUAUCACGGCCGACAACCCGAACAAUAUGGACCUGCACGAGUUUGCCUUUACCGGCGACGGGUCUGCACUGGUGACCACGGUCGAGUGGCUACCGGCCGAGUCGCUGAGCUGGCCGGUCCUAAGCCGCCUAGAAGAUGCCAGCAUCCGCGACUCGCGCUUCCAGGAGAUCGAGCUCGAGACGAACAAGGUGCUGUUCGACUGGCGGGCCUCGGACCACAUCGACCCGGCAGAGUCUAUGGAGCGGCAGACCCGACUCUGGGACCCAUACCACCUGAACAGCAUCCAAAAGACGAAAGCAGGCAACUAUUUGCUGUCGAUGCGCCAUUUGUAUUCGCUCCUUCUAAUCGACGGGCGGACGGGUGAGAUCAUAUGGAAGCUGGGUGGCCGAAAGAACGUUUUCAGCGAGCUGCCGCCGCCCAAAGGCAUCAGCCUCAGCCGGCCUCUGCUAAACCACAUGCGCUGGCAGCACCACGCGCACUAUGUGGCCGGGACCAACGAGACACAGAUGACCAUAUUCGACAACUACCACUCGAAGCGGAGUAGCCGCGGAACCUGCGUCGAGGACUGCUCGCGCGGACUGCACAUUACCAUUAACGAGACCGCCUCGCCGCCGACGGUGCAGCUGCUGAGCGAGUACCUUCAUCCAGCGCGCAUCCAGUCCCUGAGCCAGGGCAGCGUCCAGGUGAUCGAUCCCGUGUCCGGGCCUGGCCACGACAUUGGCAACGUCUUCGUUGGCUGGGGCCAUUGCCCCAGCUUCACGGAGCACACGGCCUCGGGCGACAUCGUGCUUGACGUGCAGUUCUCGCCGUGGCACACGAGCAAGAUCCAAGACGCGCUCAGCAACUACCGCGCCUACAAGAUGGACUGGACGGCCACGCCGUACUGGGAUCCGGCCAUGGCUAUCAAGCGGGACGAGCACGGCCAGCUGGCCGCAUAUGUCAGCUGGAAUGGAGCGACCGAAGUGAAGGAGUGGCUGAUCCGCGUCGCCCAUACGAACACCACCGCCACCACCAGGAUAGGCACUGGGGAUCUGCUUGUGAGAUCACCGCGAACCGGCUUUGAGACGGCCAUGAUGCUGGUUGCCACCAAUCGGCGGUAUGCCUGGGCGGAAGCUCUAGACAAGGAUGGCAACGUGCUGCGGGCAUCCAAUGUGGUGGGCUUGCAGUCAGCCGGGGCAGAUACAACUCUGAUAGUGCUGGGUGUUGGAGCUGCGGCAGUUGUCGUGCUGACGGGAGGGGUGGGUGCUUAUAUGUGGCGGCGGCGUACAGGCUACACUCGCUUGCAAGGCGACAAUAUUGAGCUCGACACGGAGGUGAAGACUGCUGACACGACUGUCGGCGAGGAUUAUGAUCAUGGGUUUGAGGAAGCAUCUCUACGAGGCUAA